AAUCGGCAAGUAUAAUCUUAUAUAAUUAGUAUUACGUUAUCUAUACAUAAAUUACUUUCUUCACAGAUGGACGAGGAAGAAGAAGAAGAAAAGAAAGAGGAAAUGAAAAAGAAAGAGGAUAGAAGAAACAGGAGAAAGAGGUCUAAGGAACGAAGUCGGAUAAAAGGAAACAGAAAGGAGAAUCCGAGGCCGUCAACGUCGCAAAUAAAACAAAUUCAAUACCACAUGACUGGGAUGGCUGUCAUGGUAAUCGACGAUGCAGACGCCGCGGAGAAAGAAAAGGCCGAAGCGGGCGGCGGGCGGCGGGCGACGGGCGACGGGCGGCCAAUUAUUGUUGAUAUAUAUUGA